GGAGCCAACACAGCCAUUCAAAUCUAACCCCCAUUUCCAUUCUGCUUUCCUUGUUUCCAUCACAGAAACUGAAAAAACCUCAUUCUUUUUUCUUCUUUUUGGGGUACAAUUCUGAGAUGGACCGCAGGGGUUGGCUCUGGAAGAAAAAAUCAUCUGAUAAAAUCAUACAAGCUGAGAAACCAGUGGCUACAUCUGAAUCUGUUGGUUCUACCUUGUCUUCUGUGGCACAUCUAGUGGAUCAGGACAACUGCAAAAAUAAGAACUAUGUUCAAAUAUCAAUGGAGUCAUACACACGUAUGUCUGGAUUGGAAGAUCAAGUUCUAAACUUUAAGGAUCAAGUAAAAGCUUUGGAAGCAAAGCUAUCUGCAGCUUACUCAGAGCUAAAUACCAAGGAUAAUCUAGUUAAACAACAUGCAAAAGUUGCUGAGGAAGCAGUCUCAGGUUGGGAGAAAGCUGAUGCAGAAGUUGUUUCCUUAAGACGUCAACUUGAAUCUAACACUCUCUCAAAGCUUACUGUUGAUGAGAGAGCAUCUCACUUAGAUGGAGCUCUAAAAGAAUGCAUGAGGCAGAUAAGAACUGUAAAGGAGAUAAGUGAGCAGAAACUGCAGGAGGUGAUUCUUAUGAAAUCCCAGAAGUGGGAGAAAAUCAAGUUAGAGCUUGAAGCAAAAAUAGAUAAAUUGGAUGAAGAACUUCUUGAGAAAGCUGGUGAAAAUGCUGCCCUUCUGAGAUCACUUCAAGAGAGUUCGAAUAAAAUAGUGAAAUUAAAAGAAGAAAAGUCUGAAGCUGAGGCUGAAGUAGAGCUUUUAAAGAAGAAUGUUCAGUCAUAUGAAAAAGAAGUAACUUCAUUGAAGUAUGAGCUGCAUAUAAUUUCUAAGGAGCUGGAUAUCCGAAAUGAAGAGAAGAAUAUAAUUAUGAGAUCAGCAGAAGUGGCAAACAAACAACACGCAGAGGAUGUUAAGAACAUUGCCAAGCUAGAGGGUGAGUGCCAACGACUUCGUGGUUUGUUGCGAAAGAAGUUACCUGGACCUGCUGCAUUGGCACAAAUGAAGCUAGAAGUUGAGACUUCACACCAACAUCUAAGAAAAACUUAUUUAAAAACUGAUAGUCUGCAAGAAUCUGACUUUCUUUCCAAACAAUUGGAGGUGUUGGAAGACGAAACGAAGACAUUGAAAGAAGCUUUGGCCUCAAGUAAUACUGAACUUCAGGCUUCUAGAAACUUGUAUGCUAAAACGGUUGGCAGACUUAAGAGCUUAGAAGCAGAGUUACAGGUUUUUCAUCAAGAAAGAAGCGCCCAGAAAUCAAUUUUUCCAAUCAAUUAUGGAACCUCCUCAAGUAGAAUUUCUAGCAGUCCACCAAGCAUCACUUCUAUAUCUGAUAAUUGGCAUGAGGAUCCAGAAAGUCCGGUUGAGUCUUGUGCAGCCUCAAUUCCUGACCAUGCUGAUAUCAAGGGAGUUAGAACCAUAGGUAAAUUUGAGAAUCACAAGAUUGAAACUAUCUCAGAACUGAUGGAUGACUUUCUGGAAGUGGAGAAAAUGGCAUGUUUGUCAGAAAAUGGCAAUGUGCUACCUUGUAAGCAAAAGGCUAGCUGUUUGUCAUCAAAUCAAAAUUGUUUUGACGCCACAAACCCAACAAUGGAGCCAAAUGCUGACAAUGACUAUCUUCCCAUUUUGAAUAGGCUUCAAUCUAUAAUUUCAAUGAUCACUAAUUCUGAAACAAAAGACUCAAAGCUUUUUGAGGAUCUUCAAGGUACCAUAUGUGAAUUAAAAGGUUACCUCCCAAGAACUUCAGACUGCCCUCUCUAUUUGAAAUCCAAUCCUAAUAAUGAUGAUUCUUCCUAUCAGCAGUCUUUCAAGACUAACAUGCCAGUGACUGAAGAUAGUAAAGUUUACACUGAAUUUGGGGUUACUGAACAUCACGAUUUGGCAGCUGCGGUCUCUUCAAUUCACCGUUGCAUACUAACACUGGGAAGAGAAGCUUCUCGACUUCAGGGAAAUUGUUACAAUGGACACAAGUUGGAUGCACACUCGGAAGAGUUCUCUUCCUCUCUUAAUCAAUUGAUUACAAACAAAGCAAGUUUAGAGUUUGUUCUUAAACUUUCUCAUGCUUUAACCAAAACAAUUGAAUCACAUUUGAAUUAUUUGGGCUGUAAAGGAAAGAGAGUGGAUGUUAACAGUUCUGAUGGUUUAGACACAUUCAUUCCAAACGAAAUGCAUUUUAAUAAAGAUGGCUGUUUUCCUCAAAUCUGUUCAAUUUCUGAGGUUCCCGAAGAAGAAGUGAAUCCAGGUUCUGAAUUGAAUUUUAUAUCCUGUAAGUACUCAUCACAAGAUUUCAAACAGAUGGAGUCAGAGAAAGAUGAUAAGGCAGCUGAACAUGAUCAAUACAUGCAAGAUCUUGUGGAAAAAAAGCUUUUGUUGCAGGAAAAGGUGCAGCUUAUAGCAGAACUGAAAGCACAAUUGGCUUCAUGUCAUAAAUCACACAGCUUGGCUGAGAUUCAGCUGAAAUGUAUGACAGAGUCUUACAAGUCACUUCAAACACAUGUAGAGGCGUUAGAAGCUGAAAAUAAGUUUUUAAAGGAAAAGAUAGAUGAGCUAAAGACUGAUCUUUCCAAGGAAAAACAAGAUCAUCAUGAUGCCUUGGCGAGGUACAAAGAAAUUGAAGAGAAAAUGAAAAGGGACAAGUGCUUGGUGUGUGCAUCAAAUUCGGCAGCAGAUAAUGGCAUCAAUACUGGGAAGGAUAAAGAACUAGCAGCUGCAGAGAAAAAGCUGGCAGAAUGUCAGGAGACUCUGCAUGUACUUGGUAGGCAAUUGCAAGCUAUGUGCCCUAAGAUAGGCGUAAAUAUGUCUCAUCAUAGUAAAAGGCUACAAAUGAAUGAAAUGUUAGUUAAACCCACUUAUGGCUGGUCAAAUUCUUUUGGUUCCUGUAACUCAAAUGAAAUUGAUCAGGCUGAGGCAUGUAGUGUAUCUUCUGACAUUCAAGGAGUGAAUGAUGAAUUUUCAUCACAGAACUGUGGUUCCACAUCAUGUCUUUCAGACACUGAAGGCAACUUUUCAUUGAAUUCUUCAAUAGGCUCAAGCCAGCCUGGUUAUAUGCUUACUGAAACAAAUUCCUGUUCUUCUGCUUCUGCUACAGGGAAGCAUGUACAUGUUUUGAGCCACUUCUUUUCAUCAAAAGAGAAGACUAGUCACUAGCAUUGUUUGUUACUUCUCAACUAUCAGUGGAAGCUCCACGAUUAUGUUGUAUAUAGACUAUAUAGUAAAACUUCUUGGAGACUGAUGUUUCUGUCUGUAAUUCUCCUCAAUAUUUUGAAUUAGAUAAACCUUUAUUCUUAUUGAAGCACUUAGAUUCCAUGAAUCUGUGAGACUUCACCAAUCUGGCUGUAAAAUGUAACGAUGUUCUCCCUUUUUUUUUCCUUCAUGCCUACUUC